AUGCGCAAGAUUAGCCUCGCAAUCUCACUACUCCAUCCCGCCGUUGCCACCACCGCAGCCUACCCAACCACUCCCGCUGCUGGUUCUGGCGAAUGCUUGCUAGGGGGCGGCGACGAUGUCCUCACGCCUCCUCGUCGAGAAGUUCACGGCAAUGGCCGAAUCUUCGAUAUCAGUCACAAGUAUGUCCCCGACAUGCCCGUUUUUGAGUCUAAGGAUGGCCUUGGCCACUUCCUCUGGCUUCAAACGAGCAUGAAAAACGGGUCUUUUGCUAAUAUCUCAGAAAUGAAGUUCCUCACUCACACAGGAACCCAUGUUGACGCUCCGGGUCACUUCUUCGACCACUACUUCGAUGCGGGGUUUGACGUCGAUACACUUGAUUUGGAAGUCCUCAAUGGUCCUGCACUUUUGGUCGAUGUUCCAAGAGAUUCAAACAUAACUGCCGAAGUUAUGAAGUCAUUAAAAAUUCCAAGGGGUGUACGUCGUGUGCUCUUCAGAACAUUGAAUACUGACAGGCGGCUGAUGUUUCAAAAGGAAUUCGACGCAAGCUAUGGGGGAUUCAUGGUGGACGGAGCAAAAUGGCUUGCAGAGAACACUGACAUCAAACUCACAGGUGUCGAUUAUUUAUCUGCUGCUGCUUACGAUGAUUUGAUUUCAUCUCAUCUAGCUUUUCUUGAAGGCAGGGAAAUCAUUCUGGUGGAAGCCCUGAAGCUUGAUGAUGUGCCAGCCGGAGUAUAUUCAAUCCACUGCUUACCUCUUAGGCUGGUUGGUGCUGAAGGAUCACCAAUACGAUGCAUUCUCAUCAAAUGAAUGGGGAACAUGCAA